GAAUCAAAACAAACAUUUAACAGAUUUCUGCUCCAGCAGGCACAAAUAAUUAAAUUUAAUUACUUUUAUUUAUUUUUAUAGCAAAUAAGCGUUUUAAAAGCCAAUCAAUGGAAGUAGAGUUCAGCAAAGAAGAUUUCUUUUUACCAGAUGUAAAAUAUGAAUAUUUGGACCAUACUGCAGAUGUACAACUGCAUGCCUGGGGUGAGUCGCUGAAGGAAGCCUUCGAACAAUGCGGCACGGCCAUGUUUGGAUAUAUGACAGAAUUGGAAUACGUCUCUGUUCAAACCUGUUAUCAAAUUGAAGCUCAAGGCGACGAUGUAGAAGGAUUACUGUUCCAUUUUCUUGAUGAGUUGCUAUUCUUAUUCUCUGCGGAGCCAUUCCUUAUCUGUAGGCGUUUAGAAAUCACGAAAUUCGAUUUGGAGACAUUUGAAAUAGAAUGCCGAUGCUAUGGCGAGCCAUUCGAUUUGGAAAAACAUCCUCAGGGAACCGAAGUUAAGGCUAUAACAUAUUCGGCCAUGCAAGUGAUACAAGAACCAGAGAAAAAUAACUUUGAAGUAUUUGUAAUUAUUGAUAUUUAAUACUAGUUCGAUAUCAUUUAGUUAAUUUAAUAACAUGCUUCGCAAUUCUGGCCUAAGUGGAUGAAUCACCUCAAUUCAUAGGUAAAAGCAAUUUUUUUUGUUAUGUGCUGACCUCAUCUAAUGUUAAAGUUUCAAUAAUGUAUUUAUAGUAAAGAAAUUGUUCAACGUUUUGUUUUCUCAUAUUUUUAUACGUAUCUUUACUACUUUUGUACAUGCGAUAUAACAAUGAAGUUGUAAAUAUUUAUAAAUGGGUUUACGAUGUCCGAAAAUUUGUAUUUAAAAUGCAGGCAAAUUUUACCGAUUAUUUGUUUAACAAAUUUGACAUGUAAAUAUAUAUCCCUACUCCUUAGAACUCUGGAAUUGACCAUAAAGCAAUAUAUUGUGAACUGCUGUAACCUCGCAUACUGUAA